CCCAUAAUGUUUUUACCUUGGAUUGUAAUUCAAGAAUUAGACUAUAUAAAGGAUGGAAAAAAUGCCCAUGAAUUUUUACGAAAAAGAGCGCAAAUUGCUAUUAAAUUCAUAAAUGCCUGCCUUCAAUCUGAUAAGAAGAUCCUUCAAGGACAAAAUAUGUCAGAUGUAAUGCAGAAUAUGACUCCAAACACAUGUGCUGAUGAUGCAAUUUUAAACUGUUGCCUACAAAUUUUGAGGCGCAAAAACCGAGUUAUACUUCUUUCCAAUGACGUAAAUCUUCGUAACAAAGCAUUAUUAAAUAAUAUUCCUGCUUAUGGCCACGAUGAAAUUGUAGCGAUUUUGGAUCCAUUUCGUAAACCAGCUAAUGAAAAAGUUUGUAAAAUUGAAGAGAUUAAAACGAGCUUGAGCCAUUUAAUUAGUAUGAUCAUUGUGAAGGAAAUAAAGGAAUCGUAUGGAAGCAUAUGGAAUAGGAUGGGGGGUAUGUCAAAACCCCCUUGGUCAUUGGAAGGCUGUUUAGAAAGACUAUUAAAUUAUUGGACAUCUGUAUUUAAUUUUUCCUUACAGAAGAACGCCAAGGAGCAUUUUCUCGAGUUUAAAAACUUUCUUAAAAAAGAAAGCAAUUCCCCAAGACAAAAGACAUGUAUCUGAUAUCACUCAGGACCAUAUGUGCACUCUUAGGGGACUUCCAUUAAUUGCGUGAAGUCGAAAGGGGAUUCGUCAAAAUCUCAUCAAGGACGAAGGGGAUCGAAAUUUUAAAAAAAUCGCACGUAAUUAAUGGACGUCCCCUAACUACGAGUAAAAAGAAACGAAAUGAUUCUUUUUUUU